AUGCCUACCAAUCGCGUCGCGGAGAAUGUCCUGGGCACGCUGGGCACAGUAUGCUGGACUGCACAGCUCAUUCCACAGCUGUGGAAGAGCUGGCGUACAAAGUCGACAGAGGGUCUGUCGCAUUGGCUUGUCCUUAUAUGGUCCCUUUCGUCUAUCCCCCUGGGAAUAUACGUCAUCGUUCAAGACCUGAACAUCCCGCUCAUUCUCCAGCCCCAGCUCUUCGGCUUCUUCUCCCUAUUGUCAUGGGGCCAGUGCAUGUAUUAUAAUGGCGGCUACUCUGCACGCCGUUGCUACCUCAUGAUCCUCGGAAUACUGAUCAUCAGCGCGAGCAUGCAAGUCGGCUUCGUCUACGCCAUCCGCUCUGGCGAACGCGGCGUGCAGUUCUUUGGCGUCUUGAGCUCCAUCAUGAUCGCCCUCGCCCUCAUCCCACAGUACUACGAGAUCCACAAGCACCGCGCCGUGAUCGGCAUCUCCGUCACCUUCAUGUUCGUCGACCUCCUCGGCGGCGUCUUCUCCGACCUCUCGCUCGCCUUCAAGCCCAAAUUCGACGUCAUCGCGAGCGUCACGUAUUCCGUCGUCAUCCUCAUGGACGGCCUCGUCCUCAUCGCCGCCGCGAUACUCAACCCCAUCGCUCGCAGGCGCGCACGCGCCGCG